GCUCGUGGCUCGUUAUAUAUCGUUCUUUUCUUUCUUUUAAACUCCUCACCAAGUUAACUGGAUAAUGAACACCGAUCCAUUUAUUAGACAUGCGUCCAACCCUUCUCGAGCUUACUAGUUACUAUCCCAUUCCGUAUUCGCUCACCUAUUCAACUGAUGCCGAUUCCGUAUCAUGAGAAUUUGCCUGCGUCCUAGCCUUCCUCCACAGCUGCGCUGCAGUUCUUUCGUCUAUCAUCGCAAUGGAUUGAUAUAUCCCCCGCGCACUUGGCCUGUUGAGGGGCCACCGGCUACGUUGUGCCGUCCAACAUGGUGUCGGAGACUCGCAACUUUUGUUCAGAACAGGAAGACCGCUCCUAAUGGACUGCCCUCUAGGGCUAAAGAAUUAAACGAAGGCGAUGUAUACUUUGACUCAAGGUUUUCUGCCUUCUUUCCGAAGGCAAGGAAUGAUGCCAGUGCUUGGGUACGGCAUCUAGAACGAUACUUGCCACCAGGCACACGCGCCGAUCACUCAAAAGAUGUUGAAACUUUCCCGUCACCUGCUUCCACUCCGAAUACCACCAAGUUAAAUAGCGUUGUCCGUGAAGGCAAGGAAAUAGCAGCCAUUUUGCACCAUGCUCGUCUAUUAGAAGAUCUAGAUCUUCUAGCCUACCUUGGGUUCACUCUACAGAGAUGGACCGCCGUCUAUGUACUCAUCACGAAAAUGUUAGAUGCUACCAUUAGUUUGCAAGAGAAUGCACUUUCCAUGAAAAGCCUUCCAUCCAAUUUGAAUUGGCACGCCGGGGACAUCAAACAGAUUACAAGUGACCGCUUCAAUUUAUCAGAGAAUAAAGCGUUGUCCAUGACCACUGGAUUUGAGCAAUUGCCAGUCUCAGUGUCUAUGGAAAGUUUAACAAGUGAGCCGGAAGCUGAUAUAACAGGAUCCUACAUUAUGGGAGAAAUUUGGCAAAGUUUAGGUUUCGUCGUCCUAGCAGCCGCGGAUAAAUCAUCGCGGGAGUCUGAAUUAGCUAUGUCAUAUGUGUAUCAAACAAUCGGACGCCUCCAUCAUUCCGGAAAUAUAUCGGACGUUGUAUAUAAAUAUUCAAAGUCUACUCAUGAUCGACUACUGUCUCGACCCCCAGGAAUGUACCUGUUGUCCACACAUAUCAUGAAUGUAUUGACGGAUACCGCAUGGCUAGCUCAUGAAGCAGAGGUGUCGGCAAAGGCGAAAGCUGCUGGACAGAAUUCUCCCUUUCGCCCGUUUAAAAUGGGCAUUCGACAUCUCGGUCACGGUAUAUGGUUGGAGUUCAUUCUUUGGUCCUGCAUCGAGAGUGGACAUAUCAAAGAAGGCAUGUGGAUUCUUAAACAUAUGCUGACGACGAAUUAUGGAGCUCCAUGGACAGCAGUAUCAUGGAAUCCCCUUCUUGAUCAACCAGAUCUUCUUCACGAUACAAAUAUAGACUCUGAAGAUUUUUGGCCGCACCCCAACAUUCACAGAACUACUGAAGAGAUGGAGAACAAAUCAGGGGCUUUCCAUGGGUUUGGGAAACGAACGAUCAGUUCUGAGGUCAUAGCAGCCUUAGCAACUCAUGCAGCGAAUUCCACCAAAAGCUCUGAGAUGGAACAAGUUUUCCUCAGAGAUAAUAUCGAGAAUAUUGCCCUCCUCAACUCUUUUACAAAUCCUACCACUGAUAGAUGGAUCGAAAGUUCAACAGCCACACAUCGUCAGAUAGUUUGCGUUCUAGAGUCGCAGUGUUUAGACACUGCUGCCGAGCCGAAGUCACUUGAGCUCCUGUUAAAGUCGUUGCCUCCAGUUCCGCCGCUCUGGGACGAUUCCGUCCCAACAGACUAUCCAAGUCUCUCUGUGAUAGAUAGAUUUGACAUAUACAACUCUUCCUCGAUGCUUACGGGUCUUUUACAGCAGACCAUGCGCACAUACUCAACUCAUCGUCAGAUCGACGAUGCGAUGCGAAGUUUUGCAUGGCUACAAGAAAUUAUUGAUUCAAGCAAAAUGGAACGUAUACAGGGAUUUUUCCAGAAAGAGAAAGAUAUCGUCGAGAUUCAGCCUGAAUCUUCAAAUGACUUAAUUCCCAUGCCUCAAGCUUCUAUCCAGAUCGAUCAGUCGUCGAUUCCAAGUAUAUCUAAAAGUACGCUAGCAGACCUUAUAGACUUGAUUACUAUCAGCAAAGCCUUUAGCUUCGGUGAAUGGCUACUCUUCUCGCAGGAUGCAGAUGGGCCUGCAAUUCCUCUUGACUCUUAUGGAGAUCAAAGUCUGGCUCCAUCUCUCCUUCGCUUCGCCUCAGCGACUCGAAAUCAGCAACUCGGCGAUAUUGUUAUUCAAAGGAUAGUUGCGCCAAUUUCACGCAACACAUUCAAUGCCCUGCUGAACUUUCGCAUUUCUUUCCAUCAGUGGGACGAAGCGGAUGCAAUUCUCAACUUACUGUGUCAAUAUAGACUGAAAACAUGGGGCGAAAGCACCUUGGCAACAUUGGCAGCUGUAAUCCUUAGAUUGGAGCAGAGUGUUAGAGGAACCCCACAAGAAGAUGCAAAGCAAUCUCUUGGUCGAGCCCAGGCACUCUUGGGGCGUAUUCUCAACGGUGUCUACAACCCUGCAAAGUUCUCCCACAGUCAUCUCAAGGGACACUAUAAUCGAGCAAUUUUUCGAUGGUACCUUAUUCUCUCCUCAGUUGACGGAUCUCUGGUUCAGGUGUGUCAUAAGACAAAACUUCGUUACACCAACGAGUCCGGUCGCGACUCAUUGCCUUAUGUCCCAUCCGUUGCUUUCCACAUUUUGCUAGACGCUGUCGUCGAAACCCGCGGUAUUCGAGCUGGAAUGGAACUGUGGAAAAGAUGGUGCAUCGACAUUGAACCUUCUGAAGCAGCUCUUCUAACUGAAGAUAGAGCUUUCCGGCUUGAAAAGAGCGCUGAUCCACGAACAGAACAUCUCAAUCCUAGUUUCGAUUGGGAAUGGUUUCACGAGAAACAGCACAAAGCCGUGAUUCCAAACCUUGCCACUGUGCGGAUUAUUUCCAGAGCCGCCGUUCAGCAGUAUAAGGAACUUACACAAGCCUCGUCCCUCGUCCUAAGAGAGGAUGUCUAUGAUGUUUUGGAUUUCUGUGUGGAACGGUAUCGAAGAUUCGGUCUCGAUAAAGACCAGAUUGAACUCGAGACGAGCUCCCAUGUCAGAAGACAGAGAAAAUCAGAAGCAAAAAAGAGGAGACGUCUUGGCGGCCCGCUCAUUACAAAGUAUUACGAUAAGGGGGCUGAUGACGAGACCGAUGAAGUUGGAUACACCUGAGGUGGCUGGUUGUUGUGAGUAACUUGUAAUACGUAUACGUGUAUAUAUUUGUGUAUAAAUAAGAUUUGAAACCGUGAAGCUCCAAUCCGUUGAUGCCAGGUGCGUUCUAAAGUCUAGUAAAUCAUCUCUUUUUUAUUUAUAGGGUAAUACAAUAUCAAAGUGAGCAUUACUUAAGG